AUGGAUAGCGGUUAUUGCUACGGUCCGUACGCCGAAUUUGGUUUUCCGCGUUUUCCGUGCGUGCAUUGGCAACAGGCUCGAUGCUGAAAUGAUGACAAACGGUUGAGUGAUGCCUUUAGGGGACGAAUAGAGCAUGAUGGCAUUCUUCAAGAACUACCGUCGAGUGUCUGCGAUGCGACAGCCCUUUCGUUUCCUGGCCCAGCUGUCCCUCUGCGGCCAUGUCGGUGGCAUCGUCUGCCUCGUCUUUGGGAUCUUGCUACUCGUGUUUUUCGGCUCAAACAUUCGCGAGGACGAGGCGUUGAAACGGGUCCCAACAUGGAUUGGCAUAAUCUCAACUGGAAGUGGCAUCAUGUUUCUGUUUGUUGGAAUCACGCUGUCCAUCCUUCUCUGCAAGCUUGUCGAGCAGCAGCAAAUAUCUGAGAACGGCCAGUUGGACGUCGCAGUAAAACCUUACGCCAGCCUGCGCACUGCGGAAGCUUCAGCAGACGAGGCACGGAAAGACUGCGCAGAACUGCAGAAUCUCACAUGAGGUCUGUGUUGAUCUGAUAAAAAACAAUCUAUGUACUUUGUGUGAGACUGCCGUGUUUUGGGGCAUUCCGGUACCUACGUGGGUGUGCGUAUUUUAUCCUAUAAAAUUUCUGACACACAUAUACAACUGUAAAUAAUGCCUAAUAAAGUGGCUCCCCUGUCAAGGUAUAUGUUUUGAAA